AUGAAACGACGGAUCACCUAUGUCCAGCGCGUCAAUGCGCCAUUUGAGCCUGAGCAAGCUGUCUUAACCAGCAAACAUUUGUCUGUCCGCAACCUAGACGCCGCGCGGGAGGACCGCAUCACGGUCGGACUGGACGAGCUGCCAACAGAGCUACGCGCCAUCCUCGAGCAAUCCCAUGAGCUCCACCUCCGCUGGGCCUCUGAGCGGUCCUACGAUGCCGUCGCACCCUUCGUCAGCCGGGUUUCACCCGGUCUGCAUGUGCAUUAUACUCCAUUAAAUGCAGAUGAAUUUCCGGAGACAUUGUGCUCGCUGCUCCGCACUAUCGUUGAACCUGGUGAAGGUGCUCAAUAUAAGGAUUGUUCGACGCCAAAGGAUUCGUUCAUUACACCCCCACUUCUCUCGACGAGAUUCGCUUCCUCGGCUUCCCUCCAAUACCAUACUCGCCUGGAGUCGCUACAAUCUCUGAGUAAAUGGAUCCGAGACUCUAUUUGCGUGCAGAGCAAGGAUGCUACUGAGUGCCAUGCUCGUGCCGAUUCGCUUCUGUUGGCAGACUCGGUAGAUGUAGACUAUGAUAGCAUUUCUCACGCCUUGACUGUGUCUGGUCUCUGGACCAAUCCACCUCCGGGCGGCUGGGUAGAGCAGCUUGAUAAGCCUUCUUCUUCGACUGGCCAGCUUGAAAUCGGUAUCCUAGGCGCCGAGCCGGGUCUUGAGCCGGAAGAGAUCAAGAUGGGUGGCCUUUUGGCUGUCGUUGGAGAGGACAAGAAGCUAAAACCCACCAUGUUCUCGUUCCCCUCCCGACACCAGCCUCUACUGGAGCCUGCCACCUACACAGUCUCUUUUGCUCCCCCAACAGGUCUACAUCCAACAAUGUCCAUCUCUAUGCCCCGAUCAUCUCUCAAACGACCACCGGCUCCAAGUGAGGCAACCUGUGCACUGCACACAUAUCUAACCCUCCCAUCUACCAUCUUCGGAGACCAAUACCAGCUUGGAACAACAGACAAUCUCUUCCUCGAGUCACACAACCUAGUAGCCCUCCGCGCCCUGUCAGGCGAGAUGGACCUCGAAGCCCCAGACUGGGUCGUCGACCGCUGGGGGUCAACCUGGCUCCUCGAGCUAGCCAUUCCACUUGAGGAGUCCGUCGACUCCUCGAAUUGGACAGCCACAGUCCCUCUGCACCUCCGAUACCUCCCACCAUCAGAAACUGGAUACCGUACCGCACAUGUUCCUUGGCCAGUCGUAUUCUGGGCAUGCACCUCAGAGGAAGGAACUAAGAUGGGCGUGAAUCCCUUCGACCGCACUAAUUUAGGCUGGGAUGGUCUUUUCGGUCCGCGAACCAUGUUCUACCAGCUUCAACCUAGCUCAGGGCGUCUUGUAGAGGAUAUCGAGGUCCCUGUUUUGCACCUUGACGAUGAAGGUUUGUUCAAGUCCAAGAAUAUUGAGCUGGGAACCUGUGCGGUUAUCACACUUGGCUUCUUUUGGGUACUGUGGCGCCUUGCUCGGGUGGCUUGGUCGUCUGGUACUGCAUCGAAGCCAUCGAAGACUGUGCAUGAUAAGAAGGAAUGA